AUGGUUUCCAUCUCCGAAAUUAUGUUACCACUCUCUAUGUUCUUAACCAUACUUUUGGCUUCAAAGUUCAAGGCUGGUGAGAGUGGAUUUUUUACUGACAAUGUGAAAGUUAUAAUCACCAACAAAUUAACUAAUAUGCAGCUCGGUGUUCAUUGCAAAGACAAGACUCAUGAUCUUGGGUUUCAAGCAUUGCAGAUUGGGCAAUCAUACAGUUUCCAGGUUACGAUUAAUUUCAGAAAGAAUAAGCUGUACUUUUGCAGCUUUAAUUGGAUAACAGAUUCUCACUAUUUUGACAUUUAUGAUCAAUUUCGAGAUGAAUACUGUGAGGAAUUAUGUUCUUGGGAAAUUUUUGAAACGGGACCAUGUCAGAUUAACGCAAAGACUCGUCAAUGUUACGCGUGGAACAAAUCACUUCUAGGUGGGAGGCAACUUAAUGAAGGGAAUAACACUCUUGGAGUGUAA